AUGUUGCCUGCUAUUCGAAUCAUUGGUGGUAGGCGAUUCGCCGUCAAGGGAGCUUCUGCUCUCAACGCGACCGUUGUCCGAUCUGCCUCUACCUGGGCCAAUGUUCCCCAGGGCCCUCCUGCUAUUCUUGGUAUCACCGAAGCUUUCAAAGCCGACACUUUCGACAAGAAGAUCAACCUCGGUGUUGGUGCCUACCGCGAUAACGCUGGCAAGCCCUACGUUCUUCCCUCCGUCCGCGCUGCUGAGGACAAGAUCGUCGCCGCCCGCCUGAACAAGGAGUAUGCUGGCAUCACCGGUCUUCCCGAGUUCACCAAGGCCGCCGCCGAGCUCGCCUACGGCAAGGACAGCUCCGCCCUCGACCGCCUCGCCAUCACCCAGUCCAUCUCUGGCACUGGUGCUCUCCGCAUCGGUGGCGCUUUCCUUGCCCGCUUCUACCCCGGCGCCAAGAACAUCUACAUCCCCACGCCUUCAUGGGCUAACCACGGUGCCGUCUUCACCGAUUCCGGCCUCAAGGUCGAGAAGUACAGGUACUACAACAAGGACACCAUUGGCCUCGACUUCGAGGGCAUGAUUGCCGACAUCAAGGCCGCCCCUAAGGGUAGCAUCUUCCUCUUCCACGCCUGUGCUCACAACCCCACUGGUGUUGAUCCCACCCAGGAGCAGUGGAAGGAGAUCUCCAAGGCUGUCGCUGACGCCGGCCACUUCUCCUUCUUCGACAUGGCCUACCAGGGCUUCGCCUCUGGCGACACCAACAAGGAUGCCUUCGCCGUCCGCCACUUCGUCGAGCAGGGCCACAACAUCUGCCUUGCCCAGUCUUUCGCCAAGAACAUGGGUCUUUACGGCGAGCGUGUUGGUGCCUUCUCCAUCGUGUGUGAGAACGCCGAGGAGAAGAAGCGCGUCGACUCGCAGAUCAAGAUUCUCGUCCGCCCCCUCUACUCCAACCCCCCCAUCCACGGUGCGCGCAUCGCCUCCGAGAUUCUCAACACUCCUGCCCUCUACACCCAGUGGCUCGGUGAGGUCAAGGAGAUGGCCGACCGCAUUAUCACCAUGCGCGCCCUCCUCAAGGACAACCUCGAGAAGCUCGGUUCCCAGCACGACUGGUCCCACAUCACCAGCCAGAUCGGCAUGUUUGCCUACACUGGUCUUACCCCCGAGCAGAUGGACGUUCUCGCCAAGGAGAGCUCCGUCUAUGCCACCCGUGAUGGCCGUAUCUCCGUCGCCGGUAUUACGACCGCCAACGUCGGCCGCCUCGCCGAGUCCAUCUUCAAGGUCAAGGGUUAA